AAAAAAAAACUUAAUCUUCACAUCGUAAGUUGGUUACCAUUUACAAUUUCUACCAAUCAAAUCACAGUGGGUUUCUUGAAUUUUGGCAAUUUCGAAAUUGGGGCGACGCAAGCUGAAGAUCCCGAAUUCGCAUCACUGCUGGUCCAUGGAGCAGAAUCAUGAAGUCAAAGGCUAGUUCGCCAUGGUUAUGAGUCUCCAUUUUCCACCAAACCCUUCGACUCCAACAAUUCCCUCUCUCCAAUUUCUCAAACUUGAUCGCCACCUUCUUUUUCUGCAUCAAUGUCCAGACCCCUUCUUGAAAUCAUCACCAUUUUGGUGCUUUUCGGCACCCUUUGCCUCUCAUGCCGUCUCUCUAUUGCUUCUCCGCUCAAUCACCGCUACAAUGUCGGAGAUCCAGUUCCAUUUUUCGUGAAUAAAGUCGGACCUCUGAGCAAUCCCAGUGAGACCUACCAAUACUAUGGAUUACCAUUCUGCCGUCCAGAUCCAGUAGUCCAAAAGAAGGAAACCUUGGGGGAGGUUUUAAAUGGUGACCGCCUGACUGGUGCCUUGUAUGGGAUGAAAUUUAGGGAAGACAAACAUUGGGAGACUCUGUGUGAAAAGAAGCUAAAAGGUUCUGAAGUUUCAUUGUUCAGGGAAGCUGUCAGGAAUGAUUUUUACUUCCAAAUGUAUUGUGAUGAUCUUCCAGUGUGGGGUUUCAUUGGCAAAAUUGAUGAACAGAGUUGGUCCCUAGACAAGCAGGGUCCAAAAUAUUUUCUCUUCACACAUAUUCAGUUUGAUGCUUUCUUCAAUGGGAACCAAAUUGUCGAAGUCAAUGCUUUUAGUGACCCAAAUCAUGUAAUUGAUAUAACGGAUGAUGUUGAACUCAAUGUUAAGUUCACUUAUUCCAUUUUUUGGAAUGAAACUUCAGCGCGGUAUGGAAAUAGGAUGAACAAAUAUUCGAAGGCUUCUCUACUGCCUAUCAGUCAGAAAAUCCACCGGUUUUCAUUACUGAAUUCAAUUGCUAUAAUCAUUCUGUUGAUGGGACUGCUUACUUUGCUUUUUAUGCGCCGUCUCAAGAAUGAUUUGAGGAAGUGUUCUGGUGGUGAUGAAGAGGAUGAACGAGAGGUUGUUUGGAAAACUCUUCAUGGAGAUGUAUUUAGAUGUCCUUCAAAUUUGCCCCUCUUUUGUGCUGUUUUGGGCGUUGGUACACAGCUACUGACUAUGUUUUGCAGUUUAUUUCUUCUGGCGUUUCUGGGUAUCCUUUACCCGUACAAUCGUGGAUCACUAUUCACUUCCAUUAUUUUGAUCUAUUCUCUUACAUCUGUGGUUUCUGGGUAUACAUCUGCUUCUUUCUACUGCCAGUUUGCAGAGAAUGGAUGGGAGAAAAGUGUUAUUCUAUCAGGGAUUCUGUAUUUGGGGCCCUCAUUCGUCAUAAUUUCGAUCCUUAAUAUUGUUGCUAUAUCUAAUGGAACUACUGCAGCACUUCCGAUUGGCACCAUCAUAGUGAUUCUUAUCAUAUAUACUUUUAUCAGCCUCCCAUUGCUUGCAUUUGGUGGCAUAAUAGGACACCGUUUUAGAUCCGAGUUUCAAGCGCCUUGCGCCACCAAGCGUAACCCGCGAGAGAUUCCACCUUUGGCUUGGUUCAGAAAGCUACCUUGUCAAAUGUUCAUCAGUGGUCUGUUGUCGUUCAGCGCAGUCGUUCUCGAAUUGCAUCACUUGUAUGCAAGCAUGUGGGGUUUCAAAAUUUUCACUCUUCCUAACAUUCUGUUCAUCACAUUCAUCAUCCUUGUCAUACUCACUGCAAUCUUGAGUGUUGGUUUGACUUACAUUCAGCUAUCUGUUGAAGAUCAUCAAUGGUGGUGGAGAUCGGUGUUCUCUGGGGGCUCAACGGCCAUAUUUAUGUUUGGAUAUUGCAUUUACUUCUACGCCAGAUCAAAUAUGAAUGGUUUCUUGCAGCUUAGCUUCUUUUUAGGCUACAAUGCGUGUAUAUGUUAUGCAUUCUUCCUGAUGCUUGGAGUAAUAAGUUUUCGCAUUUCCUUGGUUUUUGUUCGACGUAUUUAUGACGCUGUCAAAAGCGAAUGAGUCUACUUGAUAAUGUCUCCGUUUCUAUCGAGGGAAAAAGAAACUAGUAAUUGGCCAAUGUUUGUCUCGGACCAUGACAUCUAUGAAGUUUUUUCAUCCACUUGAAGAGGUUCUUGACGUUUUUUCAUCCACUUGAAGGGCUUCCAAGAAAGGAAGAAAACGCGCUGUUCAAAUUCGGUAAUCGUUGAAGAUAAAAAUCUGUUAGAAGGUAGAAUCUGAGUGAAAACAAGUUCUUGCAUUGUUUUUUGUUUGGAACAAGUAUUCAUUCUUAAGAUUUUGGACUUCCUUUUGAAUGGUAUUUUUUUUUUCUCCCUUUCAUGAAGAGAUUGAUACAAUGGUUGAUGUUUCUACUCCAUCUUUAUUUUUGAAGGAAAUGAAUGAGGACGGAUUAGAAGUUGGAAUACUUCAAAA